AUGCUGCACGAUGUCAUCUAUAUGCUUCUCAUUUCGACUGUAGCAAAAGAGGUCAAAACUGCUGAACCGGAUACACCACCCUGCGAAUACAAUUCAAACCAUAGGAAAAGUAUUUUAACAGAUCUACUACAAGAUUAUGACAAAACAAUGGUACCAUCGAACAACUCGGUACAAGUCAGUGUGGAGUUGACAGUUCAAGACAUUUCGUCAAUAUCCGAAAUUUCGAGUUCGUUCAUUGCGGAUGUUUGGUUCAGCCAAGUAUGGGAAGAUCCUCGGUUAGAAUAUAGGAACAUAUCUUGUAAAACAAAUCUAUCGUUGGAUAGUUAUGUCAGUGAACGUCUUUGGACACCCAAUGUGUGUUUUGUGAAUAGCAAAAGCACCCAAGUGCACAAGUCACCCGCAUCAAAUAUUCUUCUUAUCAUUUAUCCGAAUGGAACAGUUUGGCUCAACUACCGAGUUCAAGUAUCAGCUCCAUGCAGUUUUGAACUGUCUAGAUUUCCAAUUGACGCUCAAGAAUGUCAUCUUGUUUUUGAAUCCUAUUCAUAUAAUAUAGCAGAAGUUCGAUUGAAUUGGCAACAAUGGGCUCCUGUAACAAUGCCGCCUCCUGAAGAUUUUCGGUUACCGGACUUCCAAUUUUAUAAUGUUACAUGGGGUAAAACGUCAAAUGAGUACACGGCUGGAAUGUGGGAUCAACUGAAAGUCACUUUUAGGUUCAAAAGACUGUACGGUUACUAUGUUCUGCAAAUGUAUCUCCCAACAUAUUUAUCAGUAUUUAUCUCUUGGAUUGCUUUCUGGAUUGACACUCGUGCUCUACCAGCCAGAAUCACUCUUGGAGUAUCUUCUCUGAUGGCUCUCACGUUUCAAUUCGGUAACAUUGUGAAGAAUUUGCCGCGUGUUUCAUUCGUAAAAGCCAUCGAUCUCUGGUUUUUCGUGUGUGUUGCUUUCAUCUUCUUUUCACUCGUCGAGUUAGCAGUCGUCGGAUUCGUUGAUAAAAUAACAGAAAUCAAGAGGAGGUCACGAAGAAUCAAAUUUCAGCGAGCAAUCGCCGGAGGCACGAUAAAGAAUGAUCGACCAAUGAGUUUCAGAAAGUACUCGUGUACAUCAAAGUGCAAUUCUGCACGAUACAAUAUUAACAACAAUGAUGAUGAAGAGUUGUAUAAUAUCAGCGGUGAAACGAAUGGAAAUGGCAUAAGUUGGAAGAACAACAGUUCAAGAGAAGCUUCAGCUGAUAUGGGAGCAAGAGUUGAUUCAUUCGCAGCAAAAGCAUUUCCAGCCAUGUUUGCAGCUUUCAAUGUAUUCUAUUGGUGGUACUACCUCUCAAGAGAACGAAACUAA